AUGGAUGGCGGCAAUAAGCUUCAAGAAGAUGGUAAUUUGGUCCAUGACAAUGUUUUGGGACACUCUGAAACAUGGGAUAAGAAAAUUAGACAAAAGGAGAAGCAUAGGAAAGAUGAUAAUCUUAAGACCCUUUCUGAGCAGUUGAAUGAGGUCCCAGUGGAUAGUUAUGGUGACACUAGGAUUGGAAUAAAAUCUUUGGGAAUUUCAGCUGUUGAGGAGGAUAAGUCCAAGAUGGAGUGA